AGGACUGCGAGGAGGUAGAGGCAGUCGGUCUGCAGCGCUCGGGGAGGCCAUGGGGCGCGUCGCCUCGGAGCUCGUGUGGUCGCUGCUGGGGCUGGGACUGCUGCUGUGCAGUUGGGGAUGCCUCGCGAGCGCAGAACUGCGGGCCCCGCCGGAGAAGAUCGGAAUUAUUGGAGCUGGGAUUGGUGGUACUUCAGCAGCCUAUUAUCUUCGUCAAAAAUUUGGAAAAGAUGUGAAGAUUGAUCUGCUUGAAAGAGGAGAGGUGGGGGGCCGUUUGGCCACCUUGGCUGUGCAGGGGCAGGACUAUGAGGCCGGAGGUUCUGUCAUCCACCCUUUAAAUCUGCACAUGAAGCGCUUUGUCAAAGACCUGGGUCUCUCUGCUGUCCCAACUUCGGGAGGCCUAGUGGGGGUGUACAAUGGAGAGACUCUGGUAUUUGAGGAGAGUAGCUGGUUUAUAAUCAACAUGAUUAAACUAGUUUGGCGCUACGGCUUCCAGUCCCUCCGAAUGCACAUGUGGGUGGAGGAUAUAUUAGACAAGUUCAUGAGGAUCUACCGCUACCAAUCUCAUGACUACGCCUUCAGUAGUGUAGAAAAAUUACUACAUGCUGUAGGAGGGGAUGACUACAUUGCACUGCUUAACCAAACGCUUCAUGAAAACUUGCAGAAAGCAGGUUUCUCUGAGAAAUUCCUCAAUGAAAUGAUUGCUCCUAUCAUGAGGGUCAAUUUUGGCCAAAGCACAGACCUCAAUGCCUUUGUGGGGGCAGUAUCAAUGACUGGUGCUGAUUCUAACCUGUGGGCAGUAGAGGGUGGCAAUAAAGUUGUUUGCUCACGGCUCAUUCAGGCUUCCAAAAGCAAUCUUAUUUCUGGCUCAGUAAUAUCCAUAGAGGAGAAAACAAAGACAAAGCAGAGAGGUAAGUUUGAACUUUCAUUGUUCCUGAUUGCCCCUGCAGAAAAUAAUUGCUUUCUUCUGCCAUCUCUCCUUUAGUUCCAAAAGGGUGGACUUUUAAGUUCACGUCCUGCCAUGUAGAAAUAUUCCCAAAUGUGCUUAAGUGCAGUGGCAUGAUUCUUUGAAUAUAAAAAUUAAUCUUGGCUUGGGGUGA